GAUAGCCACUUUCAUGUGACAACUGCACAGAGACGAUUACUUCACGAGUAGUAACAAUUUUUGGAACAAGCACAGUUACGGAGCAACUGAACGUUGGAUCGAUGCAGCCCCAUCAAGUUGUCGCCGUUUUUUUCACUGGACACACAGUGAGCUGUAAUUAAGGGAACAACAUUCACAAGAUUGCACUGUGCUUUGUGCACUAGGAGUCAAUUGUGGCCAGAAUGAACAGACGCAAGCCUGUGGUUGAACAAACAUGCCUUUGUGCUAGGCCUGGCUCUCUCGCCCUCUCGGUGUAAGGCGGAGCAUCCUCCACAUCAGACAGUGAUGGACGAGCAGCAGCAGGUCGCAAUAAAACACACAUCCUCCUCCUCCUCCUCCUGGUCCUGCGGUGGCUUCUCUGCAGUCACAUCCCGGUCCGGGUGGUCCUCCUUUUGAGGUGAUUCCAGACUGCCGCAUGCAGGGUAAGGGGGGGCGUUGGGGGAGCAAAUGGCCAGGAAAAGAGGCGACGGAUGGGAGGAUGCUCAAUGACUGAAUGAGCAGCUGCUUGUUUGCAGGUUUGUCCUCUGCCAACGUCCACGAUGGAGUCCACCCACCUCCUGGGCGGGGCUAAGAAGCGGGUAAAGAUCCACCCUCACACGGUCACGGCCAAGUAUGUGACGCAGACCCCCUACUCCCCGCAACCCGGCGUACACACGCACUUCCCCCAGCCCGGCGACGAGGGCUACGAUGACGCGCCGUCCUUCGAGGACUUCGGCUCUUUCCUGGAGGAGACGUCGGACAGGAAGCGGCUGACGGAGGCCAAGAGAUGGCCGCUCGCUCUGUUCGGCUCCAAAGACAAAGACGAGGCCGCCGCCCCGAGACCUCUGGCCGGCGGGAGCGGCGACAGCGGCGAAGGGGGAGCUAGGGCGGCCAAGGGUCCCGGGAAAGGGGUCGGGGAGCAGCUGGCCAGCUUCGGGGAGGCCUCGGUGUCGGCGUCGCGGCUCACCUGGGUGGGGCUUCUGGGGGCGGCGCUGGCUAACGGCUGUGCGAUCGUCCUGACUCGGACGGCCUCGGAACGCUUUGGCCUGGGCCCCCUCUUUCUCCUCCUGUUUCGGUCCGUGUUGCAGCUCCUGUCCGUGGCCGUGCCGCUGUACAAGGGGGAGAACCCUUUUGGACCGGAAGGUUACCGCCUCCGUCUGCUGUGUUACGGAGUGGCCUACUCGCUGUCCCUGUGCUGCGGUUACUCCUCGCUGUCCUUCGCCUCCCCCGAGGACGCCGGCCCCGCCUGGCGCCUGGCCACCACGGCGCUGUCGGCCACCCUGGCCUUCCUGUUGCUGGAGGAGCGUCUGGGCUUGGCUGACGGCAUCACCCUUGCGGCAGGACUGUGCGGUUUGGGCGUUCUGCUGCUUCCUACGGCAGAUGAAAGCAAUUCCGAUUCACCUACAGACCCCGUGGUAUUCUGGAGGGGAGCAUUUGGGUGGUCCCUGUCAGCGCUGGCGGGGCUGUGGAUGGCCCUGGCCCUGGUGGGGUACCGGUCGCUGAAGGAGAGAAUUGGCGUGGCUACGGCUCUGUUCACAGUGAGCUGGACAAGCUGUGUGCUUACCCCGGCCUCGUUGGCCCUGCUCCAGGAGGCCUGGUCCUGGCCGGCCGGUGCUUCCGACUGGGGACCGCUCGUGGGCUCGGUAGCCUGUUCGACCGCCGCCUUCUUGGGGAUGACGCACGGCCUCACCCGCAUCCACCCGGCACUGGUGUCGGCUAGCCAGGGCCUGGAGGCGCCCCUGGCCACGGCGGCCCACCUUGCUAUGGUGCAGCUGGCCCCCAGCGCCCCCGAGGUGGUCGGGAACGCCAUGGUGGUCCUGAGUGUCGGCUGGUUGGUGACCAUGAAGCUGUUGCCCUCUCGCGGGGCCGGCCGGCGUCACCGGGAGGAAUACGAGGAGAUUCUAGACUCACCCAUUAAAUGAGAAACAUUCGCUCUAACAUGUAAAUUGUACAUGCUUACUGGAGUUUUAUUAUCCCCGCCAAGCACAAAGUUAGAUUCAGGAGAUUGGUUAGUUUGUUAGUCAUUUGUCAGCUCUUGAAAAAAAGAACUUUGCAAUUUUCCAGGUAAUUUGUCGAGGGGUGGUGCACAGGCCACGGGAAAACACUCCUAAAUCCUACUCCUAUCCCUAACCCUCAUCCUUACCCAAAUCCAAUUACCCUAAAACCUAUCCACUGACCCUCACCCUCGAACCUUAACCCUAAAUUUAUCCCUAGCCACCUAAUCCGAACCCUUAGUCCUAACUCUAGUCCCAUAACUCUAAACCCUAGCCCGAAACCCUUUCCCCGAACCCCGAAUUGUAACCCUAAACAUAACCUGAACCCUAACCCCGAAUCCUGCCCAAACCCUCACCCCAGAAUCCCCUGACCUUAGCCCUGAACCCAACAUUUAAAGCUAAACCUUCAUUGUGAUUCCUAACCCGAUUACCCUUAAACCUUUCUCCCUAACACCCUAAUCCUCCUCACUUCUAAAUUUUGCCUAGACCCAAACACUAACUCCUAACCCUAAAACCUGUCCUCUAACCCCCUAUUCCUAACCCUAACCUCAACCCAAAAACCCCCAACCCUUUUAGUGAUACUUUCGCCCAUCAGUGACUAAGGUCUCCCUUUGUAACACAUAAAUGUCAUCCAGGAAGUAGCCUGCAAACUUCUAACAAACAAAAACAUGGCAAUCCAAAUUUCCCCCCCACUUUUUUUUGCACCGUUUGGCCUUGGUAAAGGUCUUUGAGUGCCAUUCUAGUCUCAUUUGUGCUAGCCUUAUUCUCAAUUUUAACUUUUUUGGGGGGGAGAGUGUGAUAAAACAAAAAGUACCAACGUAGUGUCGUCUAUUAAUGUUGUGACAAUAAAAUUUCGCUAACGAACAAACGGCUCGACUCUUUAAGUUGGUAUCGAUCACGAUUCCUGAAGGGGAGGUAUGUAUUUAUGAGGCUAUUGGCUUCACUUCACUUUGCGCUCGCCUGCCAAGGAUCGAUGCCGUCCAUUCCUUGGAUGGUAUUUGGCAACCACAUAGCGGUGAAAAAACAGUGAAGGCUGAAGAAGUGAGGGAAAAAAAGGAAGACAAAAGUGGCCGUCAAUGCCACAGACUGAAGUCAGUUGGCGGAUCCAAACAGAAACCGGGCAGGAUGCAGUGAUUCAUGACAUGGCAUCACUGCAUACUGCAUUUCAAGGAAUAUGCUGGAAGAAGAACACUACUUUCAGAGUUGUGACAAUAUAAACAGAAACAGUGCAGGAUGCAGUGAUUCACCACAUGGAAUGAAUGCAUCCUGCACUCUUUCUGUUUAGUUUCAAUGCUGGAAGAAGCGAAUUACUUGCAGAGUAGUGAAACCAAACAGAAACGGUGCACAAUGCAGCAAUUCUGUGCAAUUCAUCACUCCAGUCUGCACCACUGCUGUUUCAUCACACAAAAUAAAUGCAUCUUGCACAGUGAGGAAUGUGCACACUAUUUGCAGCGAAACCAAACAGAAAUGGUGCGGAAUGCCGUGAUUCUGUGUGAUGAAUGACUGCAUCCUGCACCAUUUCUAUUUGGUUUGUGUACCUGUUCUGACAUUUUCCUGAACAUCACCCACAUGCUUUUGUAUUCAUUCUUGUCAAACCAAACAGAAAUGGUGCAGGAUGCAAUGAUCCCUUACACAGAAUCUCUGUGUCCUGCACCGUUUCUGUUUUGUUUCACUAUUCUGCAAGCACUGUACUUCUUCCAGCAAUUCCCAAAUCAUUAGCCACCUGCUUUUGUAUUUGCGCUCAUUAUCAGCACACCUCUCUCGCGCCGUAUACAGUUAAAGUGCGCCACAAAGCCUACACAUUCAGCGUCUCAUUAGUUGUGACAUUUGCGAGGAUAAAAAGAACACGGGACAACCAUCUAGUUAUUGAAGAAUGUGGUCAUGUGACGUUAUUAUGCUACGUUGUGAGUCAAAUUGACCCAUUUUAUAAGCUAAAAAAGGAAAAUGUGAAAACAAACAAGCUUACAAAUAAUGUCAAAAUGUUAAGAUGUUAAGUAUUGUGUAAUAUAUUCAUUUUGUGUUGCUUCUUCUAAUUUUAUUUUUUGAUGACUAAACAUGCAGCGGGUCAUGUUGACCCGUGAACAAUUUUGUUGUAGCAGAGAAACAAACGUAACAGGAGGGUUAAGGCCUAAUCAAGAUCACAUUCCUUUUUUUUUUUUUUUUUGCUUGACCAAAAAUAAAUACAGCGAGGUAGACAUAAAAGGAGUCCACUUGUCU